AUGGGUUUGUCUUUUUAUUCACUGCUUGAUGCUGUCUUGCUCUGCUUGAAUGCCGUUUGCAUACUGCAUGAAGAAAGAUUUUUGGCAAAAAUAGGAUGGAGUUCAAGUCAGCAAGGUUUCGAAGAUUCACACGGCCCGAAGCAUCAACUGCUGAAUCUCAUUCGAUCCAUAAGGACCGUCAUGAGAAUUCCGUUGAUUGGUUUGAACAUGGUGGCCAUCGUGCUGAAGUUGGCGUUUGGAUAA